CGCUAUUAUGAGCUGGAGAUAUUGAUUGAUAAAACGUUACAUAGAAUUUUAUUAUCAAUAACAAGAAAAGUCCGGUAUGUCUUUAGAUGAGCAUUUAUUUUAAUCAAUGAGAGAAGGAUUGGUGAUGGUAGAUAUUUUCUCUCUUAUAUUUCUCGGCCGAAUUCGGUAUAUUUAUCUGAUAUGCACAGCGCAGGUUCCGAAAAAGACAAACUGAUGGUUUCUAAAGUAUCUGUUCGAAAAUCUGCACAUACUUUUCUGUUUUGGCUCAUUAUUGAGUCAGAUAUACUAAAAUCGGCAAACGAAGAUGUAAAGACAGCAUGAAAAAUCACUAUCAUUUAGCAACAUUAUCUUCUAAUUAUAAAUAAUAAUAGCUCUUCAAAUAAUUUUCUAAUGUACGGGCAGAUAUUUCCUAUAUGACGUGCCAUUGCGAAGUGAUUAAAGCUAUUGAAAUGUUUUAAUCUCAGAUUCUCUGGUAUGAAGGAAAUUCUACUGAUUUCGAACUCAUUUUACAGCGCACUGGAAACCCCAUGAUGCUGUAUCACAUUAUCUAUUGAGUUCACUCUAGUUUCUGACAUUUACUCGCCUUGAAAAACUGCUAAUUUAGUUUAUCAAUAUUGAAAUUAACGUCAGACAAUGUCACUAGUGGACAAAAGUUAAUUACAAUAAUUUUGGAUUUUUCGGGAUUUUUGGGAUUAUUUGGGAUUAUUUGGGAUUAUUUGGGAUUAUUCGGGAUUAUUUGGGAUUAUUUGAGAUUAUUUGGGAUUAUUUGGGAUUAUUCGGGAUUAUUUGGGAUUAUUUGGGAUUUUUGGGAUUUUUUCGGAUUUAAAAUCCCAAAAAAUCCGCUUUUCCCCCCUUGGCUAUUUAUCUCAAUCUUGACCAUCUGUUGAGAACUAACUUUUUUUUUGACAGGAGUCCCUUAAUAGAUAAAUAGUUAUUGAAAAAUUGCAAAGUCGAAAAAUCAGCGGAUCAAAAAAAUCUUUUUCGUGCUUUCCUCAUAUUUCAAUAUCGCAAAGGCGCAUCGUCCAUAUCCGUCCAGUUUUGUUAAUGUUCGAAAGAGCAUAUUAAGAUGCAGGGCAUAACAUCACCCGAUUUUUAAAAUAAGAUCUUUUUUUCAUGAUUCAAAACUCGAGGCGACGUGAUGCUCUGCAUAUUGACAUACUCUUUCAAACCAAAGACUAUUGGACGAGCUCGAAUGUCAAAUGAAUUGUUUUCAGCUUUGUUUGGUCUACAAAUUCUAUUCUGGGCUGAGAUCGAUUUUGGAGCGCGGCCUUAAGAAUAUAUCAAAUAUGACUGUUUAUUCCAUUUCAAUUAAUUCGAAUAAUCAUUUGAGAUUUGUUUUUUGAUUGUAUAUGAGAAUAAGAUUUUAAAUAAAAAAAUUCGUUUUUUUUUUGUUUUAAAGAUUUUAAAAGUUUAUUAGAGGAACUUGAUUGUUCAACAUCAACAAAUCGUGAUAAUGAUCUAUCUCAAACCAGAAAAAAAAGUUCAUUAAUGAAUAGUGAAAAACAUCGUCGACAAGCUCUGUUAGAUAGUCAAUCAGAAGAAUUAAGUUCAAAUGUAAGACGUCGUUCUGUUCGUCGUGUAUCAUCAUCAUCAACAAAUACAUCUUCAAAAACAACUACUAAAGAACCACUUUAUAAACGAAGAAGAAUUAAUCAGUCAGAUAAUCAUACUUCAUCUGAAUCUCAAAGAACAAAACGUUCAACUGGAUUUAAUUUAGCAUCAUCUGAUAUAAGUUGGGAUUCAACUGAUGAUGAAAUAAAUCAUUUAUUAAAUAAUUCCAAUCCAUGUCAUAAAUCAUCUAGUUUUGCUUCAAGAACAUGA